AUGCUUGUUCUUGUGGCUGGCGCAACUGGCAAUAUCGGCCAAAGACUGGUCGACGCCCUACACGCUCGAGGGCAUCAAGUUCGUGGUUUAGGUCGUAACCCCGCGAAACUCACAGAUGCCCGACGAGCCAAGUUGGAGGGUUUCGUCGUUACCAAGACUCACUAUGACAUUGAGGCCCUCGAUCACGGCUGCAAAGGAGCCGACGCAGUCAUCUGUGCCUAUGGAGUGUUCCCGACUGAGCUACAAUUCGAUGGGCAGCUUCUCUUGCUCCGGGCCGCUGAGCGCGCCAACAUUCGCCGAUUUGUCCUCUCUACGUGGAACAAUGAUUGGAGUCGCGAUCCACUAGGCAUGCAUGAGAGCUACGAUCCUUUCAUCGCAUUCCGUCGGAUUGCCGAGAUCAGCUCGCCCAUCAGGCCGAUAUACAUCUUCACAGGCGUCUUAGCUGAGGUGUUUUGGGUGUUUCCUGAUCACCCCUAUGGAGCUGUCGAGCUGAACGGCUACUGGGACGGUAGAGACAAGUCCAUGAGUUUCUGGGGUGAUGGAAAUAAGCCAUUUCCAUGGACCACGGAGCGGGACGCGGCGGAGUUCACUGCUGCGAUUGUUUCUAGAGACGAUGCUGAGGAGGGCGGAUGCUGGGAUACAGUUUCCGGUAUCCAUUCAGUCAGGGAGCUUGCUGCUGCUUACGAAAGGGUGAAGGGAAAACAGGUCAGCUUUAAAAUCAGGGGGACUGAUGAAGACCUUAAAACUCUUGCAUUUGAGGCUCGAAAGGCAGCUACACCGAGACAAUUCUUCCAGUACAUGUCGUACUUUUACCAACUCUAUACAAACAACGGCACAUGGGAUAUGGCGAAAGUCGACAACGAUAAGCUGGAUGUUCGAGCCACGUCUCUCGAAGACUUUUUACGAGACAACGAAAUAUAA